UUAAAACAAGAAGUAGAAAUAUUCAGAAAUAAAUUAACGCAUAUGUUGAACUUUGACAUCCGUUUUAAUAUCAAAAAUGGAGAUUUCGAAAAUAUAUGGAAAUUUCAUGAUCCUGAAACUAUAGAUAAAUGGAUCGUUACAAGUGAUAAAGAUAAUAUUGAAGGAAUGAGUAAAGCUCAUUUUCAGUUUAGUGAAAACAAAACUGGUGUUUUCCAUGGUUAUCUCAACACAGAAACUGUAAAAGAUGGUUUUAACAGAUAUGCAGGAUAUUGUAAUAUAAGAUCUCCUGGCAAUUAUGAAUCUGGUUUUGAUGUAUAUGAUUUUGAUCCAUUCAACACAUUACUUCUUAAAGUUCGUGGUGAUGGGCGCAACUAUUUACUAACUAUUGGUCAACAGAAGUUUUAUGAUGUUCAAAAUCAUGAUCUAUAUUGUUAUCCAUUACAUACUAGAGGUGGACCCUAUUGGCAGACAGUUAUGAUCCCAUUUUCAAAGUUUUUUCUGACAAGCAAAGGAAGACUUCAAGAUAAGCAGGAACCAUUGAAUGGCUCCAGAGUUUCCAAUAUAGGUAUCUCUUGUCAAGAUGGUUUUGAUGGACCAUUUCAUUUAGAAAUAGAUUCUAUAGCUUUAUUAUAUGACAGUAGUCAGAUAAGUGAAUUUGACUACGAGACCUAU